CAGCACUCCCGUCCCUCCAUCCUCAGCCAGUCAUCCUCCAUGCCGCUGCAAGCUCCGCCUCGCUCCCUCCCUCCCUCCCUCCCCUCCUCCUCCUCUCGUUGCCCCCCACCGCCCGAGCAGCUGAACUGAGCUGGACUGCCGUGGAGGUCCGUCUGGCCUUGCACAGCUUGCUUCUUCUUUCCGUUCCGCUCCUCCCUCGGUUGAGGACUGGUCUUCUACAAGCAUGGUAUCAUGGUAGAGAACGGAGUACAGCUGACACUGACCUCCACUUUGAAGACCACAGGCAAGGCAAAAAUCAAUGGAGAUGGGCUGAAUAAUGGGUUACAUGACAAAGAGAAGCAAGAACGUAAUGGCGCUCUACAACCAUCAAAAGGCCAGAAGCAGCAGCUGUGCACAACGUGCGCAAAAGGGCAUACUUGUCAAUCGGUCAUCAACCGGACAAGACAAAUGCGAGCUCUAAUCGACUCAAAGAAGCCUUACCAAGCGCACUCUGUAUUUAAGCACCUGGUGGAUGAGGGACACAAGCCUUCAUUGGUCACAUACACAACUCUACUGACUGCCCUGACACACCAGAGGAUGUUUGAGUCGAUUCCAUCACUGCUUGCUCAAGUUGAGCUAGCUGGAUUGAGGCCAGACUCCAUCUUCUUCAAUGCCUUGAUCAAUGCAUUUGUUGAGGCGAAGCGAAUGGGUGAAGCAAUAAACACGUUCUGGAAAAUGAAGCAUUCCGGCUGCCAUCCAACAACAAGCACCUUCAAUACACUGAUAAAAGGGUAUGGCAUUGUAGGCAAACCUGAAGAAUCACAACGCGUCUUUGACAUGAUGGGUCUUGAGGAAUCAGUCAGGCCUAACCUCACAACAUACAACAUUCUUGUGAAGGCGUGGUGUGACCAGAGAAAUCUUGAGGAGGCCUGGAGCAUUGUGGGAAAGAUGCGAGCAGGCGGUGUUGAGCCCGAUAUCGUCACGUACAAUACCAUAGCCAGCGCAUAUGCCAAUAAUGACGAGACAUGGAGAGCAGAAGAGCUCACUGUGGAGAUUCAGACUAGAGUGCGCACCAGCGAGCGAACAUGGGGCAUAAUCAUUGGUGGUUAUUGCCGGGAGGGCAGGUUGGAGGAGGCAUUCAGGUGUGUCCGGCAAAUGAAGGACGCAGGAGUCAUUCCUAACGUCGUUAUCUUCAACACAUUGCUCAAGGGCUUCCUCGAUGCAAAUGACAUGGCUGCAGUCAAUAAUAUCCUUGGGCUGAUGGAGCAGUUUGGCAUCAAGCCUGACAUUGUCACAUACAGCCACCAGUUGAACACAUUCAGCUCACUAGGCCACAUGGCCCAAUGCAUGAAGGUGUUCGACAAGAUGAUUGAGGCAGGAAUCGAGCCUGAUCCUCAGGUGUACAGCAUUCUUGCAAAAGGAUACGUCCGUGCUCAGCAGCCCGAGAAAGCAGAAGAGCUCCUACUGCAAAUGAGCCAGCUUGGUGUCCUCCCAAAUGUCGUCACCUUCACGACUGUCAUCAGCGGGUGGUGCAGCGUGGCCGACAUGGACAGUGCCAUGAGAGUCUAUGAAAAGAUGUGCAAAUCAGGCGUCCAUCCUAAUCUCAGGACAUUUGAGACUCUGAUCUGGGGUUACAGUGAACAGAAGCAACCAUGGAAAGCUGACGAAGUCCUUCAGAUGAUGCAGGAGACUGGUGUCAAGCCAAAGCAAAGCACCUACAGUCUCGUUGCUGAUGCAUGGAAAGCAGUUGGUUUGAUAGAGAAUGCCAACCAGACAAACGGUUCCCUCAAUGGUCGCCAUGCGGUCGACAAUUCGGAUCAUUCAGAUGACAAUAGUAACCUGCAAAUAUCAGAAGACAAUAACAAGCUGCAAAGUUUUGAAAAACGUAAUGGGCAUGGAACGAAUGGUAGGUCACGCUCCAGUUUUCUUCAGAUGACAAGCGCACUUGGCAGCAGUGGUGUAGUUUCUUCCAAGAUCCUGAAGGCUGGAGAAUUUCCAUCCAAAAGAUUGAAGGCCGUUAAAAACACAUCCUUACUACAAAGUUCGUACCGGUUUCAGUUGCGGUAUUCUGGGUUUUGUAGAAAGCAGCUUCAGAAGAAUGGUGGAUUCUACAGUCAGAGUGUCAUCUCAUUCAAAAUGGUGUUUCUCUAGUAGAGGCAGAUUUUUUUUAAUAGAUGUACACAUUGGUCUGAAGCUGUAGGCAAAUCUUGGUGUUCCAAGUCUGAUGCCUACGAUGUGGGUCAUUUUGUAUGAUUCUGUAUCAAUUCCUGCAGUGCCAAGCACUUCAAAUGUUCAAAAAAAAUCACAAGCCGUCUCAAUAUGUACUGUACAGUAGCAAUUAGCAAUUGAUUUUUUUAGAUAAAGGAAAAAAUGUUCUGGCAGCAAUUAGCAAUUGGUAAUUUGUAGAGUGCAUGCAUCACUUGUCACAGGAAAGUGCCCAAAAAAUACUUGUCCUUAAAAUUUCUGACGCUUUGGUGUUCUGACAGACUAUACAGGGACUUCUUGAUCAGUAUACAUUGACAGUAAGAAAGGUCUUGCUGUGGUGUGGAUGACCAACUACUUCAGCAACCAUGUGAAGAACCUGGUACGGAAUCAGACUAUUCAGGGGCACUGGGAGACAGUGAACGAGGCGACCAGUAGAUUCAAUAAUGUCAUGCAUCAGCUGUAUAGUAUGCUGGUAAUCUUAGUGUCACUGAAAUUGAGCAGUACUGAGUAAUUUUUUUUACUUGGAUUGUGCCCACAUCUCUGCGCAAUUGUUGUAUUGUGUCCUUACAGGGCUGCUACUAUUCCUGCAGAAAGAUCAGAAAGCAUUGAACCAUGGCUCAUCUUUGCAAUCAACCAUGCUUCUGGUUGGACCACUAGGUCUUCAUGUCAGCACUUCAAGGUUUCUUUGUUUCUUUCUGAAUUUUUUUCUUUUAAUUUUUUCCCAUAGUACUAGUCAAGUGGCACUGAUCUUUAUAUUCCAGAAGGAUGACAUAUCAGGUUUGCAUGCUAAUACAUAUCGCUGUCAACUGUCAGCCAGACAUGAUAUGCAUACUUUCUUGAUGCAAGGGUUAGGAUGAUAUCAUUGUUCCUAUUUUAUUGCGAAACCACAGGGAUAUUCCCAGCUAGCGAAGGUUAGCGUGAGGAUCCAUCGUGGGCAUCUGCAGAUGACACGACUGCAACUCUGAUUGGUGAAAAGCUCAAUGUCCGAACCUGAUAUCCACCGGCAACUCUAUCAAUGGUACUAUGCUAUUUUGGUUCUUUUUUAUAUUUCAAAUUCGAUGCUGCUUAAUAUGAUGGGACUAUAAUGGUGAUUCAUGCUCCUUGCUCCCCCAAAAAAGAAUGGUGAUGCCUGCUUCAUGCUUUUGUUGCCGCACAAGUAGUUUCCUCAUGGUGAUCAAGCUCUGGGCUGAUGAUACCUUAAUCCUCCAAUUCCCCAUUACCUUGAGAACUGCAGCAAUGAAAGUGAUGCCAUGGUAACAACCUAUCAACGGGAAGCAGAUCUGCAGCUGGUCGCAAAAGGAUGGUUUCCAAGGAUAAUGUCUUUUGCUUUGGAGUUUUCAAGUUUAGCAAAAUCACUCAAAAACUCUUGUGGAUGCUGAAGCAGCAAAUAUAGAUGUUAUGAAUGCUAUCCAGGCUCAAAACCAGAUUGCUGAAAGGAGGGAUCAAUUGUUUAAUCAUGAUGUAAUUGUGAAACAAAGUUGUUCAGAAUGAAGCGAAGUUGAAUCUGUUCCUUGCCACUCCAGAUGAGUGCAUCUGAGUUUUUUAAUCAAGGACUUCAAAGUGCUAAAUAGAUUCUGUAUAUAGAGCUCUAGUGCUCUCUUUUGUGCAGCACACGUGGUAUACCAUGUGGCCAAAGGUCAAUAGCAGCGUUCGUCCAUGGUAGAUGGUACACUGAAUGUCUGAAUACCAUUUGCUAGUUGCAGCCCUC